AUGCUGCAGCAGCUCCAGAACCAGUUAGACAUGGCCAUGGCUGCGGGCCCGACGAGAGAUCAUAGUGCGAUUGCAAAAUCGGAAUCGAGCGCCGAUGUUGCUCCAUCGGAACCUACCCAAGAUGCGGAAGAGAGGCAGGUCCCGCAAGGUAACGAUGGACUCCUCGGGCAAAAUAUCGAAUUGAAAAGAAUGCUCAAGGAACUGACUAAACGAGUUGAAUUCGGUGAAAAGAAGAUAGAGGCAAAUGAUAAGAAGGUGGAGAACUAUAAUUCGAGGGUUGAUCAAAUACCGGGGGCUCCGCCGGUACUGAAGGGGCCGGAUUUGAAAAAAUUUGUUCAAAUGUCGUUCCCGCCGAGCGCGGCGCCAAUGAAGAUCCCCAAAAGGUUUCACAUGCCCGAUAUCCCGAAGUACAGCGGGACAACCGACCCGAACGAGCAUGUAACUGCAUAUACGUGCGCUACAAAGGGUAACGACCUCGCCGACGACGAACGGGAAUCAGUGCUACUUAAGAAAUUCGGAGAAACCCUGUCGAAGGGAGCUAUGCUUUGGUAUCAUAACUUGCUCGAGCAUUCAAUUGAUUCGUUUGCCAUGCUUGCUGAUGCUUUCGUUAAGGCCCAUGCCGGAGCUAUCAAAGUCGAAACCUUAAAGUCAGACUUGUUCAACGUCAAGCAACGAGACGACGAGACCCUCCGUGAGUUCGUGGCUCGAUUUCAAAUGGAACGCAUGGACUUGCCACCAGUUACGGACGAUUGGGCCGUUCAGGCUUUCACCCAAGGGCUCAAUUCAAGGAGCUCAAUCACCUCGAUGGAACUGAAACAAAACUUGAUAGAGUACCCAGCGAUCGCCUGGGCUGAUGUGCAUAACAGCUAUCAAUCGAAAAUAAGAGUUGAAGACGAUAAGAUUUUGAGGGCCGCUUCGCUUGAUCGAAGGGCAAACGGGCGUAGCAAUGAAUCGGGCAAAGUUGAUAGGAGAAGUGACCGAAGGAAUGACCGAGGACCGAACAACCGCGGAUUGAUUAACAAAAACGCUGUCAAAAGAAUUUCGGGGAACAGGGAGAUUCCGAGAUUAUCCGAGUAUAACUUUUGCGUCGAUAUAGCAACUUUAGCUGCCGCCGUUAGCCGGAACAAAGAAACAAGGCAUCCAAGGCCCAUCCAGUCCGACCCGGAGAAGCGGGACAAAAGCCUUGUUUGCAGGUAUCAUCAUACUCACGGUCACCGGACAGAAGAUUGUCGGCAGCUGAGGGAGGAGGUGGCUCGUUUAUUCAAUUUGGGGCAUCUCCGAGAAUUCUUGAGUGAGCGAGCAAAAAUCCAUUUUAAAAGCCUGGAUUCUAACAAGCUGGACAGACCGGAAGAGCCUCAUCAGGUGAUACACAUGAUCAUGGGAGGAACCGAUGUGCCCGUGGGGCCAGUGAUGAAACGCACCAAAAUCUCCAUAACAAGGGAAAAGCGUGUUCGAAGCGAUGACCCCGAGGGUGCCAUCACGUUCGACGACGCGGACAUGGAAGGCAUUGCACAACCACAUAAUGACGCACUGGUAAUUUCUAUCCUUGUCAAUAAUUUUAGAAUUAAACGUGUGCUGAUUGACCCAGGUAGCUCGGCUAAUAUCAUCCGAUGGAGAGUCAUCGAACAGCUGGGACUACUGGAACAGAUCGUGCCUGCCAUCCGAGUCCUCAAUGGAUUUAACAUGGCAUGCGAAACGACCAAAGGCGAGAUCACUCUACCAAUCAGCAUGGCCGGUGUUACGCAGCAGACGAAGUUUUAUGUGACAGAAGGUGAUAUGGGAUAUAAUGCACUGCUCGGCAGACCGUGGAUUCACCUCGCAAGGGCGGUCCCAUCGACUAUACAUCAGAUGUUGAAGUUCCCGACCCCUAAAGGUAUCAAAACCGUCCGUGGUGAACAGCAGGCUGCGAAAGAAAUGUUCGCGGUCGAAGAAUCUGCUAAGACCACAAAAGCUCCAGAUCGGGCUGAAGCGGAGAAUGUCAAAUAG